GCUGUGACACUGUCUGGUCUAGGAUGGUUCUGGCUCCCCGGGGCCACAUCCUGCUCUGCAGCUCCCUCAGGACCAUCACAGACCUAAGGCCACCGGGGCCCCAAUGCUCAAGGACUGUUUCUCCACCCUGAUCCGUGGAUUUUUCCAGCUGUUUCUCUUGGCCCAAGGAUCACACCCACAGGGAUGCAGAUGGGGGAAGGGGAAGCUGAGAAAACAGUGAAGUUAGAAUGAGCUGGGCAAGAGGCAGAUGGUAGAAAACGGAGAUGGAGAAAUGGCACUAGUGGCCCAGCCACCUGGAUGGGAUACCUGGGAGGGACAGCUUUUCAAGGAGAGGCUGUGUUGGGCAUGGUGAGAGGGGUCUUAGUGGGUAACCCUCCUUUCCUCUCCACACUGAGGAAUCAGAGUUCUGAUUGUGGAGUGCCUCUCUCUAGAACUGAGCUGCAGCCUAGGUGUCCCAGCUGCUUACAUCCAGGUCCAGGAUUAUGUCUGCUAACAGACGCUGGUGGGUGUCACCCGAGGAUGAAGACAGUGUGCGUAAGAAGCUCCUGAGGAAGACUCGGGAAUCUCCCCUGGUGCCUAUAGGCUUAGGAGGCUGCUUGGUGGUAGCAGCAUACAGGAUUUACCAGCUGAGGGCUCGUGGUUCCACCAAGAUGUCCAUACACCUGAUUCACACCCGAGUGGCAGCACAGGCCUGUGUAGUGGGUGCAAUCAUGCUAGGGACUGUGUACACAAUGUAUAGCGAUUAUGUCAAAAGGAUGGCACAGGACGCUGGAGAGAAGUAGGACUCCUAUAGAAGCCGAGGCAGUCCGGCUUCCCUCAAUCAAUCCCUGGUAUGUUCCUAAUAAAGCAGUUUUGAGGAAAA